UUACGAGAAAAAUAACCAACGACCGUACAGCGAUCGUUCCUUUCCGACAUUCGACAUUUUAAACGGAAUAUCAUUUGUGGGAAGCCAUUACCCUCGUCUGAGAACAAGCAGCACCAGCAGCAGCAUCGUGCCAUAUUUCUCAUACGCGUCUUCACACUGAAACUUGAAAUUUUUUUUUUAAAUUAUAAAAUUUAUAACGUAACGUUAUUCCGAUAGUUAUAAGUUUAAUAUUAUGAGAGUUAAACCUGAAAUGGACGACGACGAAAAGGGAAAAUUAUUUGUUGGAGGUUUGUCAUGGGAGACAACUCAGGAAAAUUUGCAACGAUACUUCAGCCGCUAUGGCGAAGUUAUUGACUGCGUGGUUAUGAAGAACAGCGAGUCCGGUCGCAGCCGUGGCUUUGGAUUUGUUACCUUCAGUGAUCCCGCUAAUGUUGCUUUGGUUCUGCAGAAUGGACCUCAUCAAUUAGACGGUCGCACUAUUGAUCCAAAACCAUGUAAUCCACGUACAUUACAAAAACCAAAACGAAGCGGUGGCUUUCCAAAAGUAUUCUUGGGUGGUCUACCAAGUAACGUAACUGAGACAGAUUUACGACAAUUUUUUUCACGUUUUGGCAAGGUCAUGGAAGUUGUUAUAAUGUACGAUCAAGAGAAAAAGAAAUCACGAGGAUUCGGCUUUCUGAGCUUCGAAGACGAGGAAGGAGUGGACCGUUGCGUAGCCGAGCACUUCGUCAACUUGAACGGAAAACAGGUUGAAAUAAAACGCGCAGAGCCACGUGACUCAUCAAGCAAGAUGAAUGACAGCCACCAAGGACAGUGGGGUCACCAACCGCAGCAGGGUGGACCGCCGAUGGGAAUGGCGGGCAACAUGGGACCCAUGGGUGGCCCGAACGGUCAGAUGGGAGGACCAAUGAUGGGCGGUCACAUGGGUCCGCCUGGUAACAUGAUGCAGGGUUAUCAAGGAUGGGGAACUAACCCGCAGACAGGUGGCUACGCUGGUUACAGCACUCAGUACAAUGCUCAAGGUUGGGGUGCACCACCAGGACCUCCUCAGCAGCAGCAAAUUCCACCCCCACCCCCUCAUCAGUGGGGUAGCAGCUACAACGUCCAGCCAGCAGCAGCAACUCAAGGUUACGGAAGUUACGGUGGGCCAGCGGCGGCCGCAUCAGGUGGCUAUGGGCCUACAGCCGGUACAGGCGGAGCUGCGGGUGGUGGUCCCGGGGGUUCAUGGAACUCCUGGAACAUGCCACAAAAUGGGCCGCCUCCAGGUACCCAGCCACCACCCCAGCCUCCUCAGCCCAACUCCUCGCAGCCUAACUCCAACUCAAAUCCCUCUGGCCCGCAGGGUGAUAUGUAUUCGAGACAAACAUCUGGGUCAGGCGCACCAGGAUCAAGCAGCAGUUCAUCCAAGAAUCCAGAUUAUAGCGGUUAUAGCGGGUAUACUGGUAGUUUCGCCGACACGAGUUAUCCUCAGCGUUCUUAUCAGGGUGGCGAGAGCAACCAAGGCAUACGUUAUGGCACUACAAAUCUAAGUAAUGUUCCUGCUGCUCCAGGAACAACAGACAUCCAUAUCAGUGGACCAAAGCGGGCUGGUUACUCAACAGCUCCAAAUAAUACCAGCAAAUUCCAUCCCUAUGGCCGUUAGAAGACAUCAAAUUUAAAAAAAUAAUUACUAAAAAAAAACUAUUCAUCGCAACACAUUCUAAUUACUACCAAGAUAAAUUUUAAUUAAUUAAAUAAUUAAGUACCAUUUUUAUUUUUACUCAACUAUUAUUAUUAUCAUUAUUAAUUUUUUUUUCUCAUACUUCAUAAAUUUUUGAGUUCAUUUUUUUUAAUGUAUAAGUUAAUUAAUUGCAAUUAAUAGUAGGAUUUUUAAAAAUAGUUAAUGAAAUCUUCCUUAUUAAUUAAGGGGGCAUUUAUUAUUUUAAUCAAAAGUUAUAAUUACGUACAGAAUUAAU